UCUCGCUUCUUCUCUUCUCUGCGGCCAUUGAGUAUUACCUAUACUCCUCCCUCUGCUUCCCCUGCUUCUAGGGUUUUAAUUCAAUCUCAUCACUCUCUUCUCCAAUUCAAUCCUCCUCCUCGUUGAUUGUCCUUCUCACCUUGAUCUUAGCUUUCUCCUUCUGGGUUUUGUCUCAGAUACACCAAGAGAUUGAAUUUACCCACCCAAUUUCUUAUUCAACCCUAAAGAAUAUGGCAGCUGAUCAGAGGAGAAAGAGGAUGAACAGUGCCAAUGUGAUUGGUUUCAGUUCCAGGGAACAUUACAGAGCCAAAAGGAAGAAGCUUGAUGGUGCUUUGCGUUUGAGAGAUCACAUUAGUCUUGAAUGGGAUGGUAACCGGAGAAAAGUGGUUUCUAAGAGGGAACAAGUUGGGUUAAGUUUGAGGCAUCUUCGAGAGUUUGUUGACUAUGUUCCUCCUAGGAGGAGUCUUUUGGCACAAGUAUGUCACGUUCCUCGAGAAAUUUUCCAGCUUGAAAGUCUCUCAGGGGUGCUCUCUAGUGAGGUGUGGUGGAGUUGUCUAUCUGAUGGCGAAAGAGAUUAUCUGCAGCAAUUCCUCCCUGAAGGAAUUGAUGUGGAGAAAGUUGUAGAGCAAUUGCUUGAUGGGGAGAAUUUUCAUUUUGGAAAUCCUUUUCUUGAAUGGGGAACAACUGUCUGCUCAGGAAAAGCUCAUCCAGAUCAAAUUGUUUCUCAGGAGGAAUGCCUGAGGGCUGCUAAAAGGAGAUAUUACGCGGAUCUAGAGAAAUACCAUAAUGAUAUUAUAGACUCUUUGCAGAUGUUGAAGGAGAAAUGGGAAAGCUGCAAAGAUCCAGAGAAGGAUGCUGUUAAGAUAUGGGGGAGAUCAAGUGAUGGCAAUGCACAUGUAAAUGGUAGCUGCCAGGAUCUAAGUGCUGCCUCGGAGUCUAGUUCCUUGAAUGCAGAUGAUAAACCAUGCAAUAGUGAUAGGAGUGGAGAGGUUCAAAGAAGGUCCAAGAGUUCUGGUGUAGAGAAAGAAAAAUCUCAAAGUCCCUUGAUUGCUUUAGAGAAUGUUGUUAACGUGGGAGUGAAAGCUAGAAGAACGGACAAGCUACCCAAACAUAGCAUUCAGCAAACUGAUGGUGCUAAAUACAUGUCCUACCUUAAGAUAAGCAAGAAGCAACAUCAGAUUGUCACAAGCAUGAAGCAGUCAGGUAAAAGCAUUCAGUUGAAAGCACUUAAUCGAAUCUUGGGUAACAUCAACAAUUUGGAUGUUCAACCAUACGGAUUGUUUGAGGAAGAAGAACAGAAGAAACUGAACGCUCACUGGCUGCAACUGGUUAGAGAUCUUCCUGCAGCUUAUGCAAUCUGGAAAAUGCUGCAGUCACAGAAACGAGAUAUAAUCAACUCUGUGGGAAGAGAAUUAGUAGAUAAACUCAAUCCGUUGAUGGAGGACAAACUACUGCACCCUGCAGAAAAUCCUUUGCAGAGGCAUGAUGUUCAAGUAGACUUGAGAGAGAACGAUCAAGAAAGCUUGAAUCCAAAUCCGAGUGGUGAUUUGGCACCGGACGAUGAAAAUUCUGGAAGUUUUGGUCAAGUUAAUGCCAAGAAUCACUCCCUUUCAGAGGCUUCUUCGUCUGACGUUGACCAAAUCACAGAUUCAGGUCACUGCGUCCAAGUUGGUACCUAUCCCUCACAGGUUUCCUCACCAGAUUGUGACAAUGGCAAUCGCAAGGAUAUUGAAGCAAAUGAUUAUUCCAGAUCCAUACAGAGCCAGUCUCUCCCACAGGCUUCAUUUCCUAGUGAGUCCCACCCUUCAGAUCUGGAGGAUACAAUUCCUGUAGGGAAAAACUGUGUACCAGAGGUGGAGAAUGCUACGUCAGACGAGAGGAUUCCUUGUAAUACUUCAAGCCAUGGAGAAGAGUUGCAGUUUCUUUCUGGUGGAGAUGUGUGGCAACCAGUGGGAGGAAUUAGGCAGUCCUACAUUGGCCGCCAAGCUUACACCCCCAGUGGUGGUUUAUCAAUCAUACACCAUCCUGAAGGUGGCGAAGAAGAGAAAAACUGUUUCGUACACCUUGAAUCAGACAUGCCUGAAGAAGUUGAUAGAAGGAAGAUGUUGCAGCGGAAAGCAAACAACAGUUUUGGUUCUUUCCCUAACAACAACCAAAAUGAGCUGCUCCAGACUCUAUUUAAAGGCCAAGGUGUGGCAUCUCGUACCACUGAGCAGCUUCACUCUCUUCUUAAUGUCCCGCUUAACGAGGAGCAUAACCAAAUUAUGAACGUUGGUUGUCAGCAGGAAGGACGCAACAGUCUGAUGGAGGGCAGUCAACUUCCUGGUCAGUUCCAGCAUCAGAUGACUGCACCACAGGCACUGUCUCAGGACCAGCAAAGACAGGUUGAUAUCUAUGGCCAAGGAAGCAUGUCAGAGAACAUUUAUUCCGAUGGACGUGGAUUCUUGAUGCAGCGGUCGGACUGGAACCCCAGUGUUUCUCAGAUUGGAAUCACCACACAGUCCCUGUUGAACACUGGCGCUUCGUUAAAUCAGAACUGGCAAUUUAAGAGCAUGUGGACAAACACAAACGGUGUUGGAUGUGCAAACCAAAGCAGUCAUACUGGGACGACCGAGAGAGAGCUGAACCUUCUCGGAGCAACUACUAACGCUGAGAUGAUCAUUCAAAGGGGAAUGAGCUCAGAUCAAAGCUUAUUCUCUGUUUUCUCUCAGUGCAGUCAAUUACGCGGCUCCAGAUCUGCUUUUGAGCCAGAAAGUUCGAGUGAUCAAGUGGUUGCAUCCGGUAACUACGAAAUGCUGAUGGGGGGAGGCACAACUCAUGUAGGCAGCAGUUUGGCUCAGCCUACGAACCCGCUUGAUUACUUGAGCGGUAGCAACCCGGUAACAUCUUUGAUGCCAGAGGAUGUAACGUGGAUGAACAACCAGAGUCGACAAAACCCUGGUCUCCAUGACCCACUAGGCAAGCUGUAUCCAAGGUCAUGGAAUCCAUAACCAUGUUUUUGAAGUUUUGCAUUACAGAAGACGCACAUGGUUAUGGUUAUCUUUAAGAUAUACAAAACCCAACAUGGGUUUCAUUUUUAUUUAUUUAUCUGUGCCUGUACAUAGAAAGAUACAAAGGAACGUUUGUUUUGUACAUAUUUAGGUUUUGAGAGCGGACUAGGACAAAGAUUGAGGAUACUUCAGCCACCUUUUUAUUUGAUUUUUACAUUCUCCUUUCACCUUCUCUCUCAAGUUACUGAAUGUUCACUUCCUUUUACA